AUGUUUCUUCUAUACAAACCCCAAACCCUGCAGCUGAUUGUGGUCACUCCCAGCUUUGAAGCUGCCGAGCAAAAGUCUUUGGAAGCUCCAUUGCCGACCGCGUUGCCAAUACUUAAAGACGCCUAUCUCGCAUAUGCAGGGCGCUUGAAGGCAUUUCACGCUGACAAAACGGUGGAUGUGAAUGUGGACGCGAAUCUUCGCCAGGCAUCCUCCGCCAUGAGAACAUUGCGCAUGCUAUCGGUGACCAGCUCGGACGAUGCAGCGCUAUGCCUUAACCUGGGAACUGCAUUGGCACUGUAUAUCUACGCGGCAGUUGGAGUUGGCGUACCUGAGGUCUGCCACUAUUGCCUCAGCACGGCAAAGCCUUAUAUUCAACACACCGCUUCGAUCCCCGAAACGGAGCCACAGCUCAUCUUUCUUGUGCUGCUGGAGAUUAUGGACUGUGCGGUCUACCGCCGGAAGCCGACGCUGAGGAUCCAGUCGCCGCCUGCAGAAGGUGUCGAUCGCCACUUGGGGCUCUGCCUCCCGUUGCUUCCAUACUAUUACGACCUCUGCGCCAUCAGCCACUCAUUGGUCGAUGCCAGAAGCGCCAGUUUCAUCCGCACUCUGAAUCAGCAUCUUCGGAGUAUCCAGGCAGCUGUGAACGCAUGGCAGCCGUCUACACCUGAGCAUUUCGUCAAGGAGUUCUCAUCGCUUGAGGUGGUCCACCUCCUUGCACAAGCGAGGGUAUAUCGAUUGGCGGCGCUGUUGAUGGCUCACCGGUUGCAGCACAAUUUUGGCCAGGAGGACGGCCAGGCAGAUAUCUGGUCCCGAGAGGUGCUGAUGGAACUCGAGCUGGCUCGACGGACCACACAACGAUCGAUCCGGUUUGUGACGCUGCCAUUCAUCAUCGCUGCAAUCGAGAUUCGAGAUCCGACGGAACGGAACAAGGUAGUCCAGGAUGUGGACGAGUAUGUCGAUCGAUUCAUGCCGGUCGUGCAGGGAGUAACCAAAACAUUUUUGUCGCGGAUCUGGCGCCAGCGGGAUGCUCAGGAAAUAUCCUCCUGGUUCGACUCACUCCACAAACCAUGCGUUGUCAUGGACUAUCUCAGUGCUUCUGGCCGAGGGUGA